UGCAUUGUGGGUAUGGUUAGCGGAAGUACACCAGUCGUGGUGGAAGCUCAAGCUUGAAUCGUGUUUUGGAUGUAAACUGUUGGGGAUUUUUAAUCUUUUAAAACUGUAAGUUUGUACGAAUGCGGGGCGAAGAGUCGUCCGAUUCGGAGUCGGGGAGGAUGGAGGAGAGUUCGGUCCGGAGGAGUUUGGAGACGUUGUGUCAGGAGCUGAACAUGGACGAGCAGACUGCCACUGAAACCAUGGAGAACUUCACUGCCAUCUGGAACACAUACACGCUGGAGGGUGAGGUGGUCCACUGGCUGGCCUGUUCGCUGUAUGCAGCCUGUAGGAAGGGCUCCACUCCCACAGUGGGCAAAGGGUUGAUGGAGGGAAACUGUGUCUCUCUCACCAGGAUCCUCCGCACCGCCAAACUCAGUCUGAUCCAGUUCUUCUCUAAGAUGAGGAAGUGGGCCGACAUGGCCUGCCUCUCCCAGAACUUCAGGCUGCGCAUGGAGCGGCUGGAGCGCAACUUUGAGGUUUCUACGGUGAUUUUCCGCAAGUUUGAGCCCAUCUUCAUGGACAUGUUUCAGAACCCGCAGGGAGGGGAGCCGCCACGGCAACCACGCAGCAGGAAGCACAGGCGUCUGCCGUGUCACAUCAGCGACGUGUUCAAGUUCUGUUGGACUCUGUUUGUCUACACCAAAGGUAACUUCAGUAUGAUCGGGGAUGACCUAGUCAACUCGUACCACCUGCUGCUCUGCUGUCUGGACCUGGUGUUUGGAAAUGCUCUGCUCUGCUCCAACAGGAAGGACCUCAUCAACCCCACGUUCAGAGGUCUGCCGGCUCUGUACCGCGCCGAUGGCCACGUUUCACCGGACGAGCCUCCUCCCUGUGUGUUGGAGAGGUUAUGUGAGCUCCACGACGGGCUGGUGGUGGAGGCCAAAGGCAUCAAGCAGCACUACUUCAAACCCUACAUACAGAAACUGUAUCAGAAGCAGAUCCUGAAAGGCAACGAGGAGCAUUUGACAGAACUGUUGGAUCCUCAGAGCUUCAUUGAUAACAAGUAAGCUACUCGGGGACAAAAGGUCAAGAGUCGCU